AUGGCUCAUUUAUUUUCAAGAACCUCCAACACUUCUCAUAAACUAGUUAUAUGUUCAAACAUUAGGUAUUAUGAUGUUAGAGCAACACCAAAAAGUGCAUGUUAUAGAGAUAGAAGAAGAAAAACUUGGAAUGGUUCAAUGUUACAAUGCUGCAGCAGCAGAAGAAGUAGAAGCAGUUCACAACAAUCAUAUUGUGCUGAUCAGAAAGUGAAUUUGCAAACUGAGAAUGAUAGUGAAAAUAUGAAGCAAAAGUUUGAGAUUUUGGCGUGUGAAUAUGGAUGGAGGAUAAGGAGAUUAAUUGUGAUUGCUGAUGAGAUAAAAAUGGCAGCUCAAGUUCAAGCUGAAGCUUUUCAUGUUCCUAUGGCUCUUUUCAAUGACUUGUUCUUUCAUUUCUUUAAGGCUGAAGUGCUAUCGGGACUUCUUUACAAGCUUAAAUACUCACCUCCCAAUAGGUAUGCUUGUUUGGUGGCUGAGAAUGAUGAAGAUUCACCAAAAGAACUUGUUGGUGUCAUAGAUGUUACUGUAAUGAGAGAUCAAGAUGUUCUUGAACAUCUUCCGGAUGAAGCACAAGAGUACCUUUAUGUUUCAGGAAUAGCCGUCUCCAAUGCUUUCAGGAGGAUGAAAAUAGGGACUGUAAUGUUGAAAGCAUGUGACAUGCUUUCGAAUUUGUGGGGUCUCGAGUUUCUUGUUCUUAGAGCUUAUGAAGAAGAUGUGGGUGCUCGAACAUUGUACACAAAUGCAGGUUACCAAGUUGUGUCUAAAGAUCCACCAUGGACAAGUAAUUGGAUUGGAAGGAAAUGUCGAGUUCUUAUGAUCAAAAGAAUUAGUUUAUUGUCUUAG